AUUUAUACUUCAGCUUUGUUGAAUCGGUUUAUUUCUUUCACUGUAUGAAACACACAUUUAGGCAUAUAUUUACUUAUUAGAUUUUAAUGUAUAUUUAAGCUAUCGCCUGAUAUAUAUAUAUUAGGCCAUUUCUAAGAAAUUCCUACUCUAAUUGUAUAGUGUUAACUAGAAAAUAAGUGAUUUUUGGCGUAUAUAUAUAUAUAAUGAGAAAAUUUGAAUAAUAUUCACUAUAGUCUUUUUACUCUCAGUAUAAGGAACAUCUAACAAAAUGUUUGAACGUAAAACAUUUAAAGUUUCAACUUCUCUUUUUCUGCUAUUUUUAUGUGAAGGCCUAUUUUCGACUUCAGCAUCAAUAUUUGUAAGAGAAAAUCCUGACCGUACUGCUCCUGAAUAUAAUGUUGACUAUUUGGCAAUAACUUUUGAUACACCUUUAGAUGUAUUGAAUGUGAAUGGUCUUGAAAUUAAGGAAAAAACAAAAAUUGGUCUAGAAAAAUAUUCACAGAAUCUACAAAAAUCUUAUGAACCAGUUAUUAAAAGGAUUAUUAGUGGCACUUAUCAUUAUUUCUUUGGAUACAUAAUAAACGUGGAAUUUGGAGAAAGCAAUUGUACUAAAGGACAGAAAACUAAUUGCGUUUUAAAACAGAAUGGGGAGUCCGAAAUGUGUACUGUUACAACUUUUAGGGAUUUAAAAGUAAUAUGUCCUAUACAAAAAGACUGCAGUGCUGCUGAAGUUAAAGUGGAUAAAAAUGAGCAUCCUAUAGUACAAGUUACGCUUGCUGGAAGUGAUAUUAUGGAAUCUGCACUACUUGGUUUGGAGGAAUAUUCCAAGAAUGUAAACAAGCCCUAUAAACCAGUUCUAAUCAGCAUUAAUCGCGCUUAUCACUAUGGCGAAGACGACACAAAUAGUGCACAUUUUAAAAUACAUGUUAGUUUUGGAGAAAGAUUGAAAGAAGGAAUUAAUCCCAGAUAUAAGAAAUUGAAAGCUCACAGCGGGGAAUUCGAAAAUUGUAUCGUCGAAGUCCUGUACAAACAGAAAUGUUCAGGUCCUCCAGAACUUAAGAAAGUUACUUGCCCUUUAUUGUAAUAUUACAUUAAGGUAUUUUCAUUUUACAAUGCUUUUUCAACACAUAUUAUCUUUAGAAUCAAUUUAAACUGUAAUUUUUGUAAAAAUGACUUUUCAUUAUGAAACGAAUUCAAGUAAACAUUAUUAUAAUUAUAAAUAUGUGAUUUUUGAAUAAAAAUUUAGUUUAUAAUAUCGAAA